AUGGACAAGAUCAAAAUCUCAAAGGUCGAGAAUGUGACACUUCAUAAAAGAAACGAACAGGCCACAGGAACCCUUCACAUCUCCACUCAUCAUUUGAUCUUCGAGCACCGCCCAGAUGCAUCCGCCAAAUCCCAAGCCCCGGCCAAAGCCAAAGGCCGUGCCAAAGAGCUGUGGAUCACGUACCCCAUGAUCGCGUCCUGUGUGUACAGACCCAUGCCCGCCAUCCUCCGCCAGGACCAUGCCAUUCGCCUACGCUGUAGAGACUUUACCUUUGUCGCCUUCCACUUCUCAGACGAGACCCAGGCCCGCAGUGUCUACGACAGCAUCAAGGCUCUGACCUGUGGUCUUGGUUCUUUCGACAAGCUAUAUGCUUUUGCCUACGAUCCUCCUCCGAUUGAGAAGAACAUCAAUGGCUGGGACAUCUAUGAUGCUCGCAAGGAGUAUAAGCGCAUGGGCAUAUCUCCCAAAGGUGCCGAUCGCGGCUGGCGCUUAACCGACAUCAAUCGCGACUACGAUGUACAUUGCUGCUAUUCUUCUCUGUCUGUUCCAUCCACUGACUAUUUACAGUACUCACCCACCUAUCCCUCCCUCUUGGUCGUACCAUCUUCCGUCUCCGACAACGUCCUAAAACACGGAAGAGAAUAUCGUUCGCGCUACCGCAUUCCCGCUCUAACCUACUUGCAUCCUGUCAACAAUUGCUCAAUCACCCGAAGUUCGCAACCAAAGUGUGGCAUGUUCCAGAAAGAAAGAAAUCCUCAGGAUGAAAGAUUGGUUGCUGCCAUCUUCUCUACAUCAAAACCACUAGCUGGUGCUGGCAUGCCCAUUCUUGAUGAUCAAGGCCAGCAAUUCGAUCCGGACAUGCAACAAAGUACAAACUCUCUAGUUAAGCCAAAAGCCAGUGCAGAAAGCAUUACCAACAUACCUACCGAUAAAAUCUACGGAGCUCAGCAGAGAAACUUUAUUGUCGAUGCCCGUCCGCAGGUCAAUGCUGUUGCCAACCAGGCCACAGGAAUGGGUUCAGAAAACAUGGAGUUUUACAAAGACGCAACAAAGGAAUAUCUCGGUAUCGCCAACAUCCAUGUCAUGAGAGACUCCCUCAACAAAGUAGCCGAAGCUUUUGCUCACACCGACUACACUGAGUUUGGCCCAAACCAAGAUAUGCUCGCCAAGAGCAAGUGGCUCGACUAUAUUUCUUUAGUUUUGCGUGGCUCUAGUCUAGUAGCUCGUCAGGUUGGCAUCAACCACUCCCACGUUCUCAUUCACUGCUCAGAUGGUUGGGACCGCACCAGUCAGAUUAGUGCUCUAAGUCAGCUCUGCUUGGAUCCAUAUUACCGCACUCUCGAGGGCUUCAUUGUUUUGGUGGAGAAGGACUGGGUGUCUUUCGGUCAUAUGUUCCGUCACCGUUCAGGAUUCCUGAGUAGUGAAAAGUGGUUCGAGAUUGAAAACGAGCGUGUUGGAGGCAACCGCAAGGCUGACAGUCUGUCUGCAAACAGCGGCAAUGGGAACGCUUUUGGCAAUGCGCUCUCAACUGCCAGAGGAUUCUUCACCAAGAAGAACGACAGCAGGGAAUCUUUUGAUGUCAACGAUGCUGGUGAUGGUUCAACCGUCCCAACUCCUGCUUCGAAAAGUACUAAGCACGCUACCACCAAUGUCAAGGAGACAAGUCCCAUUUUCCACCAAUUCUUGGAUGCAACCUACCAGAUGCUCCGACAAUAUCCUACCAGAUUUGAGUUCAACGAGCGUUUCCUGCGCCGCCUGUUCUAUCAGCUCUACUCAUGCCAAUACGGUACUUUCCUCUGGGACAGUGAGCGCGCUAGAGUUGAAGAGAAAGCCUACGAUAGGACGAGAAGUGUUUGGGACUACUUCCUCUCUCGUCGAGACAUGUUCAUCAACGAUCAGUAUGACCCUACCAUUGACGACAAUAUCUCUGGCAAGGAGCGUAUUAUCCUUCCUGAUACCAACCAGGUCAAGUGGUGGCACGAAUUGUUCGGUCGUACCGAUGUCGAGAUGAACGGGACCGCUAAUGCACCCACUGUCAGCUUGCCAAAGGAGCCUAAAGAUCCUAUUGUGACCGGUAUAGAGAACUCGGAGGUCUCUAUUGGGCCUGCUGCGAAUGGUGGCGGUAUCACUGGUCAGACCACAAGCGCUUUUACUAACGGCGCUGCACGUCUGACUGCUGGACUAGGGAAUCUGAGUUUGGGCAGGAACAGCGCAAGCGCACCUAGCAGCCGACCUCAAUCUCCACCAACCAACGAAUUUAUGCCCACGCGUAACAUUGACGAGAAGAUGAGGCCGGCGGCAACCAAUGAAUCAGACACAACACCAAAUGGUCGACUUUCAUUCUCAGCAUUUGCACGGGACAAUGCCUUUAGGGAUAACUAG